ACCCACCCCCCUUCAGAAUUCAAUCCCACUCCUCGCCCCUCCCUGGUGCACGUGGUUUAAGCCUCUGCUCCCCAGUGCAGAAGAGGUGUCUGGACGAAUAUAAGCAUGAAGCGGUUCAUGGCGCUGCUUAGUAAGAAUGAAAACAAGGACCCUCCACAGGCCAAGCUGCUGGAUCUAGCAGGACAACUCUGUGGCGAUGUUCAGAGCGUGUCUCCCAGCCUGGAGAAGCUGGUUGAGGCAAUGAUGGGGUGCAAGCUUCAGGAAUAUUUCCUCACCAACAUCAGUGUAGUCCGAGCCUGUGUGCUUGUCCUUAUCCACAGGGGACAGCAUGACACAGCCUGCAGACUCCUGGAGUGUUGCAGGGUGAAAGAGAAGGAGGAGCUGGUGCAACUUUGGAAUGAGAUCCACUACCACAAAGACAUGGAGAAACACCACACAGAUUCCCUGACAUCGGUGCAGAAGUUCCGGUGCAGGAAGAGGAAUCCUCCACCAGUUUCCCUCUGUCCUGAAGGCACAACGAAUCGAAACUAUCCAGAAAAAGUGCGCCAAACGCUGCACAGAUUUGCUGCAACGGUGACAAUGUAUCCAAACAUGGAUCAGCGGGACACUUUGGCUCAGGAUACGAACUUGAAGCCAAGUCAGGUCUAUAACUGGUUUGCCAAUUACCGUCGUCGUCAAGGAGCGCAGCUCAGGUGGCUGGAAGAGCUCAUCAGUUCAACCGAUGAGGAGCCUUCAACUCGCCAAGCAAAACAUCAGCCUGAUAGUGGAUCCUUCAUUCCACAAUCUGCAGGCAUUGGCUCUGAACAGAAAGAGUUUAAUACCCUCAAGCCCUGUGGUCUGGGGUGGAAGCAAUCAGCUGUGGGUCUGGACUAUUCUGCUGAUGGGACCUUUUCAACGUUGCUGGAAUCCAGCUUUCUGCAGAGCAGUGCGUUACAGGAAAUGAGCUCAACUAAAACUUCUGUGACCCCUGUCAACAUGGAAGAGCCAGCAGCUUUCUGCACUAAGGCUGAGCACAGCAUAAGCUUUAGUUCUGCCACCAUGGAGACCGGACAGACAUCAAGUUACACUGCCACUGACCCCUGGCUGGAGAACUUUGUCCUGUGCUCCUGUGGCUCGCUUCCCUUCCAAACCAAACAUCUGGACACAAGGCAGCUAGCUUCCAGUGCAGAAGGAGUCUCCGGCAAGAGCAGCCAGGGUCCCACGUGGAGCCUUGGUACAGCAGGUGUCAGAGCUUCUAUGAGCAGGGUCCCUGGAGGUGGCUGUAUUGAGGCCAGUUCAGAAAGCAUCAGUCACCAGGCAGAUUUAGAGCUUGAAAGUUUCGUGCUUAGAGAAGGACAGCUAGGGUCCCUGGAAGCCAUUCUUCCCCACAGUUGGCCUGGUGCCUGCAGCUCAUGCCAGGACUAG